AUUGCGCAGUUGAGUUGAGAGUGUGCAGAUCGCUUGUGAACGCUCAUACUGCUGUGGGACUGAACACGGCCUGACGAUGAGAGGCUCUUUCGUGCUUUCACUCUGCGUCCUGAUCCAGCUGAGUCUACAAAACACAGUGAAAGCAGAGGAUGGACCUGUCUUGCAAACCACAUUUGGGGCCCUGAAAGGUGAAUAUAUGAAAGCAAAGGGAAAGGACACAGUUGUCCAUUCCUACCUGGGUGUUCCAUUCGCCAAGCCGCCCGUGGGUCCUUUGAGAUUUUCUCCUCCACAGCCUGCAGAGAAAUGGGCCGGAGUGAGAGACGCUACAAAACAGCCCUUCAUGUGUCUGCAGGAUAAGCAGUUAAUUGUAGACUUGGUAGCCAAUCUAUCAUUGAAGUUAGAGGUUCCUGACUCAUCAGAGGACUGUCUUUACCUCAACGUCUACACACCCUCUAAACCUGGAGCAAAUGACAAGCUGCCUGUCAUGGUUUGGAUCCAUGGUGGAGGUCUGUCGAUGGCUGCUGCGUCACUGUUUGACGGACAUGUUUUGGCUGCCUAUCAGGAUGUCGUUGUGGUUCUGAUUCAGUACAGACUUGGCCUACUUGGAUUUUUCAGCACUGGAGAUAAACAUGCUCCAGGAAACUAUGGUCUUCUGGAUCAGGUUGCAGCUCUUGAGUGGGUUCAGGAGAACAUCCACAGCUUCGGUGGAGAUCCUGGAUCAGUGACCAUCUUUGGAGAGUCUGCUGGAGGAGUCAGUGUUUCUUUACAUGUUCUUUCUCCGUUAUCCUCAAACCUCUUCCAUCAUGCCAUCGCAGAGAGCGGUACGGCAGCAAUGGAUGCUAUCAUGAGUCCCAACCCUCUGCCAACAGCCCAAUAUGUAGGAAAUGCGUCUGGCUGUGAUAUUUCCAGCACAAAGAAGAUUGUUGACUGUGUGAUGCAGCUGACAGAAGACGACGUUCUCACACUGGUUAAGGAGCAUCCAAUGGUUCGUUUUGGAGUGACGAUGGAUGGCCAGUUCCUUCCCAAACCUGUAGAGGAGCUUCUUCAAUCCCGGCAGUUUAAUAAAGUGCCUCUGAUCAAUGGAAUCACGAAUGAUGAGAGUGGAUAUAUGCUGCCCAAUUUCUUUUCACCAGAAGGAUGGACAGAUGGGAUGGACGUGGAGCAGAUCUUGCCAUUUUUGACCAUAUUUAACCCCACUCUUCAAGAUCAGACAGUUGCUGAGCUUGUUUUAAAUGAGUAUUUAGGCACAUCCCCUGACAGGACCGCAAUCCGAGACGGUUUUCGAGAGAUGUUAGGAGACUUUUUGUUCAACAUCCCAGCUCGAAAGGUAGCGAAUUACCACAGAGAUGCCGGUGCUCCAGUAUACAUGUACGAAUUCCAGCACCCUCCAAGUGUACUUCAAAAGAAACGACCUAGUUUUGUUGGAUCUGACCAUGGAGAUGAAGUUAUAUUUGUGCUUGGUUUUUGCUUUGCAGAUGGACAUAUGAAGCUGGAAGAGGAACUGUCAGAAGAAGAGCAUGAACUCUGUAGAACUGUCAUGGCUUACUGGGGAAACUUUGCUCGCACUGGGUCUCCGAAUGGUCUGGGCCUCACGGAGUGGCCUAAGUUUGGUGCUGAGGCUGAGUAUCUCAGCAUUGGACUGGAGCAAAAACCUGGGAAAGACCUGAAGGGAAAACACUUCACUUUCAUGACUCAAACUCUUCCGCAGAUAAUAAAAGAGCGAAAGGAAGGCAAGUUACCCAUUUCAGAAUUGGUGUAAAAUUAAGAAGUGUUUAAUACAGUUUUUUUUUUUUU